GUGUGGAGAAAAUGUCUGAGCCAAGACAACUAAUACCACAAAAGUAUAGCGGUAAGUAUUCUCCCUGCAUCUUUUUGACAGUUAUUUUGGCCCCUUUACUGAAAAUCUGAGUGCUUCCUAAGUAUUCAGAAUAAGAAGUAGCAGUAGGGUUUUUUUCCUCUUUUCUUCUCCUAUAGAAGAUACGAAGUGACAUCCAGCUUUUCUGUUGGCUUUGCUGCUUAGGAGUGCUUAGUGUGUGUGCACAUGCAUAUACAUAAUUCCUUUUUGGUGUAAUUUUUGCCAAAGUUCCCUCAUCUGAGUGACAUUUUUGCCCCAUUUACAUCAAUGUUAAAAUUUCCAUUAACUUCCCCAAGGCUGGGAUUCCACCUGUGUUGUCCAAGUUCAUUGUAGUUCAGUCUAAUGUAUUUAAAAGCAUUUAUAUUUUAAUUGCUUCAGCGGAAUGCAGCUGUCAUGACCGAGAAAUCUUGCAGAGGGCAGAAAGGAUCAUCUGGCAAGGAACAGUCCCACAUAAGGGCUUAUGCAACAGAACAGAGAUACUAAGCUCUACAUUCAGUGAGAAAUAGCAUGGUAAGGGACGUUUCAAAAUAAUCUCCUUUUAAAAGACUGAUUUCAAAUAGAAUACUGCUGCUUUUAAAGAGUUUUGUCAUUUACAGCUUCAUUCCUGCAUAUGCAUUGUCAUAAGAAACACACGUUAAAAAAUGUGGGUCUAACUAACGAGAUGGAGACAAAUCUGUUAGCACCGCACAGACAAGAGUGAAUUAUGCUACUUGGCUGGUUUGGAUAUCUAAUUGUGCCGAAAAAGAAACAAAGGUUGAAAGUCAGUGUCGGCAAUAACGAAGAAUUUUCUACAAAAAAAAAAGAAAGUCUGUCCCUUUGCCCCCCGAUCCUCUCACCUUUUUCCCCUGCAUCUUGCCUGCAACUGCAGUUGUAGGAAAAGCUGUUCAGUGGAGCAGUUCGCCCUUGGCGCAGGAGAUGGAACGUGCUCUGCGCGUCUGUGCCAAGUAUGGUUUCAAACUUAAAUUUCUUUCUCUUCUGCUUCUUGGUGUAUUUGCCUUGGCUCUUGCCUGGAUCCGGGUCUAGUCCUGUCUUCUGUGUGCAAGUAAGUGCUUUAGCUAAACUCUGAGAUAGCUGGAAAACUGUGUUAGUGCAAAGAUAACAUGGGGUAUCGUCCAUUUGCAGUGGGUGCUUCAGCUCUUAUCAUCGGUGUUUCCAGUACUUCCCGGGUACAAAGGAGAUGAGACAAUGUAUAGACAAUGUUUUCUCUGGAGUGCACCGGUAACUGUGCGCAGGUGAACAAGAGUGCGGGCGGUUGGGAUUUCUAAGCUGUUUAUGGUAACAGAGAUGUUUUGCCAGUUGUGGCUUUGCUUCUUAGGCACAGAGAGAAGCCCUUUUUUGGUUCGUGACAGAAGUUUGUAAACAGUAAGGUUUUCCUUGUUGCCAGUUUUCAUGUCACUAGAUACUGGAGACUGUAUUCAUUAAUGUGAACAGCGUUGUCCAUAAAUACGUACGGUGGCAGUCCCUAGUGUCUAGGUCCUCAACUAGUAUAAAUCGGUGUAAUUCCUUUGAUUUAUGUGAACUGGCAUAAUCCUGUUUAGUUGAAGAUCUGGGCCAGAGUACAGGAAGCAUAUGUGUUAGCCAGGGAAGGCUGUAGUUGUUUCUAAUUCUUCUACUCACUACUUUUCUACGGAUGUGGAGUGUUUUGAAGUUGACAUGGUCCAAAUAAGGUAUAUUUAUUUUUCUAUUUGGAGUGUCAAUACCUCAGUAAGUGGAACAACAUCCUUGGUUUAGGGGUUAUGUUUCAUUAUUGUUUCACAGGAAAUGAAGACCUAGUUUGGAAUCUGGACUUUUGAGCAAUACUGAAACUUUGAGGGACAGAAAUACAAGGAAGAACUGAUUAAUGAGCAAGCGAGAAGUGUGACUUGCCUAAAGUUACACCACAAGUCUGUGGCAAAGUUGUGGAAUAAAACACCCUAGCAGACAUUUGUUUUACUUUCUCCGUCCUUCUAUCUGGUUUACAUCUUUAAAAUGCAAUACGGAAAACUGCCACAAGCACAGUUGGAGAACCUGAGAAAAGUGCAGUUUCACACAUUCAGAUGAGAGCCAGUGGCAGUGCUCAAUCUCACCAUUUCAUCACAGACAGAUGAUAUUACAGUGCAAGAGCGUUCAGAGUAUUCUGUGCUCGCUGAGUGGGAGGGUCACACUGUGUGAGACUAAUAAGGACAGAGCUGCAUCCCCCUCUACCACUCUUUGGAGACUCACUCCAGCAACUCCUCGGCACUACGGCAGCUCUGUACAGGCAUUUUCAGUGCUUCCGAGGGACACGCUAAAAUAAAAAUUAAAAGAUUUGUAGCUGAUUGUUCACAUGUGUCCAGGGGGAGAUGAUGUACAUUGGAUCCUGCAUAGUUCGGCUUUGUAUGGCAGUCUUCCUCCUCCUUCCUGUUUCUACGUCUGUGGCUGUCAGUGACCAGACAGGUGCUGUGUGUCCUUUAAUGAAAACGGUUGUCCAUCAUCUCAAACAAAUCAACAGAGACAGUCUUGGUGUUUCAGGGUUUGAUCUGGCAGAAAGCUUUUCUUUGAGGCAAACAUCUUGUGGAGGGGAAAAAAUCUGUUUUAAACUGGGAAGCGCACCUCUCGUCAGAGAGACAAAGCAAGUAUUUCCAAAUGGGCUUCCUGAAGAAUACUCUCUAGUUGCUACGUUCCGUGUACGGCGAAAUACCAAGAAAGAGCGUUGGUAUAUAUGGCAGGUUUUAAAUCAGUAUGACACACCUGAGAUCUCUGUCCUUCUGGAUGGUACAAAAAAGGUUGUGGAGUAUAUGACCAAAUCUGCUCAGGGAAAUAUACUGCACUACACUUUUAAGAGUCGAGAAAUUUAUUCAUUGUUUGAUCGGCAGUGGCAUAAGCUUGGUAUUAGUGUGCAGUCAGGGAUCAUUUCCCUCUAUUUGGAUUGUAAUUUAAUUGAGAGAAAGCAGACUGAUGAAAAAUUCACCAUUGACUUGCAGGGAAGGACUCUGAUUGCUUCUCGUGCUGCAGAUGAUAAGCCUGUAGAUAUUGAACUUCACCGCAUCACAGUUUAUUGUAAUCCAAAACUUGCAACGGAAGAUAGGUGUUGUGAAAUAUCUGCAGACCUGUGCCCACGUGAGGAGAGGUUACUUGCUACAACUUCAUCACCAGUGACUGUUCAUGCCAGCAAAAUAUACACGCUUCCAGGAAUGCAGCAAGAAUCUAGAGAGAGAUGCCACUGCUUUCCAAAUAAAGGAGAAGCAGGAUUGCCAGGAGUAGCUGGUUUGCCAGGCCAGAAAGGAGUUAAAGGUGAAAAGGGUGAAAUGGGUGCGAAAGGACGGGAUGGCGUUGCUGGUACUCCUGGCGAAAAGGGGGAAGUUGGCUUAGUAGGUGCUCCUGGCAUACCUGGUCUUACUGGUUCCAAGGGUGAACGUGGCUUUGCGGGUAGUAAAGGUGAAGAAGGUGAAAAGGGUGAAAAAGGAGAUAAAGGAGAACGAGGACCAGAAGGCAUUCCUGGAAGAGAGGGACUAAAAGGUGACCCUGGUAGUCCUGGUGUGGCUGGUCCUAAAGGAGAAAAGGGAGAUGCAGGACCUCCGGGACCAGCUGCCUUGAGCGGUUUGCCAGGGCUGGAGGGUCCCCAAGGUCCACCUGGCAAAGAAGGUCAAAGGGGAAGACGAGGCAAACCAGGCCUCCCAGGAAAGCCGGGGCCACCAGGACCUCCUGGUCCUUCUGGACUAAAAGGAAUUCUGGAUUCAUUGAACAAGCGUUACAAUGAGAGUGAUACAGGACUACUAGGAUUACUUGGGACCCCUGGACCUAAAGGCCAGAAGGGAGAUGUUGGUCAAAAAGGAGAAUUGGGAAUGACCGGCACAAAAGGAGAAAAGGGAGAGCCUUCUGAAAAAGGGGACAAGGGAGAUCCAGGAGAAACUGGAAUGGAGGGAUCAAAAGGAAAUAAGGGUGAAACAGGAGACCCUGGACCACCUGGUCUUACUGGAAAUCCAGGAUCAAAGGGACUGCCAGGACCUCCAGGACCUGUCGGACCCAGGGGAUUGCCAGGAGAAGUUGGCUUACCAGGAGAGCACGGGGUACCAGGAAACCCAGGAGUAAAAGGAGACAAGGGGGACCCUGGUGGGAUUAUGGGACCGCCUGGACAUCCAGGUCCAAAAGGUGAUGUGGGGCCUCCUGGACCAAGUCUGCCUGGAAGACCAGGUCCCACUGGUAUUCCUGGAAACCCCGGUCCACGUGGACCAAAGGGAGAAAGAGGACUACCUGGUGUACAAGGAGCACCUGGGGAGAUGGGGCCCCCGGGAAUAGGCAUUCAGGGAUCACCAGGUCCUAUAGGUCCAACUGGGUCCAUGGGUGUGCAGGGCCCUAGGGGACCCCCAGGAUUACCAGGAGCUCCAGGUACCCCUGGUAUUAAUGGCACUCCGGGAAGAGAUGGAAAACCAGGACUACCAGGCCCUCCAGGUGAUCCUAUCGCACUGCCACUUGUGGGAGACAUGGGUGCUGUACUGAAGGGUGAUCCUGGCACAAGAGGUCCUCCAGGCAUCCCUGGUAGAGAAGGGCCAAAGGGAAGCAAAGGUGAACGUGGAUUUCCCGGGCUUACUGGAGAAAAGGGAGAUGAGGGCCUCCAAGGUGCUCCUGGACUGCCAGGCGUACCAGGACCCAGUGGACCGUCUGGAGUCACAGGAAGACCUGGACAUCCCGGGCCAGCAGGGUCAAAAGGCGAAAAGGGUAGUGAAGGUUCUCCUGGGAAACCUGGACCACCUGGGCCUCCGGGUAUGCCUUACAAUGAAAGAAAUGGAAUGAGCAGCUUAUAUAAACUCCAGGGAGGUGUGAGUGUCGCUAGUUAUCCAGGUCCACCAGGACCUCCAGGUCCAAAAGGAGAUCCUGGCACAGUGGGAGACCCAGGACCGAUGGGAUUACCAGGACUGGAAGGACUCCCAGGGGAAAAGGGUGACCGUGGACCAGCUGGCACGCCAGGAGUAGCAGGGACACCGGGAAAGCCAGGAUCUCCAGGGUCCCCAGGGAUGCCAGGGGAACCUGGUGAAAGAGGACCUAUAGGAGAUAUAGGCUUCCCGGGGCCAGAAGGGCCACAAGGAAAACCAGGAAUCAAUGGAAAAGAUGGAUUGCCAGGUCCUCCGGGUGCUGUGGGGAGACCAGGAGACAGAGGACCCAAAGGAGAACGUGGAGACCAGGGUAUUCCAGGGGACAAAGGUCCACAAGGCGAACGAGGGAAACCUGGCCCGUCAGGAGCAAAGGGGGAUGUGGGUCCUGUUGGGCCACCAGGAGACAGAGGCUAUCCAGGAUCACCAGGUCAUCAAGGUCCCCCGGGUUCACCAGGACCCCCAGGGUUUCCAGCUGAUACAGUUUCACUUGAAGAAAUAAAAAAUUAUAUCAAACAAGAGGUUCUUAAGGUUUUUGAAGAAAGGAUGGCUCAGUUUGUGUCCCAGCUGAAGCUGCCUGCUGCAAUGCUUGCCUCCCAAGCUCAUGGAAAACCAGGGCCCCCAGGAAAAGAUGGGUUACCAGGGCCACCAGGAAAGGAUGGUUUGCCAGGGCCACCAGGAGAACGUGGAAUUCAAGUUUGGUCUGCUCUGGAGUCAGAGCAAGUCAGACUGGAAUGAAGAACAUGAGAGCAAAGCUGAAGAUGUGUGGAUCCUAAAGCUAUCAGAAGAAUAAAGACUUACUAACAUUGAUAAGCGCAAACCCCUGACAGAAGCUUGAAAAAUGUGAUGAGCUCAGAAUGAGAAGAACAAGAAAAAAGGAUCAAGGAAAACAAUAAAAGGCUUAGAAUCUUACAACACUGACUUCAUCAUUACCUAAAUAUUCAGAUCACUGUAAACAACUUCACUGUCAGUGCCAGAUUGUUCAAUGAUGAUGUAUGUGGUGGAUAGUCUCAGACGCUUCUGGGAAGUGGAACAUUGUCCUAGGCUUCAUUUCCAGCUAGUGAGCAUCAAGAGUAAAGAUGAUAGCUAUGCUUGAAAAUAAAAAAAAAAAAAAACAAAAAAAACUAAAAAAAAAACCGCUGCUUUUUCAUGCCUUAUGCUUAACUAAAAGUAGUGCCCCAUGUAUGCAGGAUUUCCAUUUAUUUUACUGAUAUGCUCAAUACUCCUUUUUGAUUAGGAAAAGGUAAGCUAAGUGAGAAACAUUUACUUUUCUGAUACAUCAAAAGAUGUAUGAAAUCAUACUUCCAAGGAAAGAAAACCAAAAAUUUGUCUUGCCUCCUUUUUACACUCUGAGUAAGAGAUAGUCCCGUGAGAGACGCACACUUACAAAUACCCUUCACGCCUUUCCCAGUUGUGCCUGCGCAUGUUAUUGUUUCGUGCCGACAGUAAAAAGAAAUUCAAAUCCCUGAGCGGAUUGAAAAGUAUCCUUCCAUAUUCCAGCUUAUUUUCAGCCAUAAAAGACAUAGCAGACAAGACUUCUUGGAGAAGCACGUUACGUGCACCUGUGGCUGAGACCAUCAAGGUAGCAUGCUGUGUGCACGUACGCCCAAGUCAUAAUACGUGUUCGGUAUGGACUGACAGAUAUCCCUUAUUAUAUUUCUCACUCGGGUGUAGCCCAAAUUGCCAACUCUGGGAUUUUGCCGUGUGCGGUAAUACACAUCUGGGCUGGCAGAGUGAAACAUUCACUUGUCCCGUACAGCCAGCGAAAAGAAGUAGAUAUUUUUGGAGGGCAAUCAACGGGACCUCUACGAACGCCUCCAGAGCCCGUUUGUGAUGCCGCACACUGAGCAGCGAUCCUGCUGGAGCCGGCCAGCGGGAAAGGCAGGCGUCGCUCGGGGUCCGGGAAGGUGCUUAACCUCACCCGCGGCUUCGCAGGGGUCCCUCCGCGCGCCUUCAGUGGGGUGCCAGUUCCCCUGGGAGCUGCUCCGGUACGACCUGGCCGGAUUCCACCAGAGCCUCCUUCUGCGCGCCAAACCGAUAGGUAGAGGUUAGUCCCAGAAGCCAAAAACAUAGAUACUAACUUUUGGAAGUGUAGGCAUGGUCUUCAAAAAGUGUAUUUAAGGAAUUGCUAGACUCUUGGGCGCAGAGUCAUUCAUUUCUAAUGAAGUCCACAACUGCUACCUGCUGGCCUUCAGCAAGGUUGUUCAUAGUGUACCUCACGUACUUCCCAGUGGUUCGGGUACAAAUAAUUUUGAUGUUAUAGGAUGGUCUCAAUAAAAAUAUAGCAUGCAAACAAAAAACAACAAAGAAUUGCAACUUAAAUUAUGAAACAUGCAAUUGGUUUUUAAACAGACUUUAUAUAAUAACGAUUGGAAGAUUUUUUUAAUAUAUAUACAUUUCUUCAUGUAAAAAAAAAAUAACCUAUGGCAUAUGCAUCAGCAAGCUGAUACUGUGAGGCAGUGUUACCAAUGAAAUGUACAGCAUCAGCUUAAGGGGGAGCAGAGGAACCUGUUUACUCUCUGUGUGUUUUAAAGGAUGCUAAUGUCUCGUAGAGAAAGAGGAAGUUUAUUUCAAGACUUUAUAGACAGGCUAUAGCAAUGUCAUCCUUUUGCAAACAGUCUGUUGUCAUGUGUUAGAGGAGCUAGAUCAAUUAACUCCACUGACCUAAUUGGAUUUUUAAAACUGUAAUAAUAAGUGAAUUUUGGUCCAUUAGACCAAAUGCACCUUGGGAUAAUUUUGCCAUCCAGAGAUCUUUUAUGUUAGUAUGAUUGGUUUUUUUCUCAAUAGAGAAAAAAUAGAUUUCAUCUUAGUUAAACUUCACUGUUUCUAUCAAAUUAAGGAAACAGGUUUUUUAUAGGUCCUCAUAACUCACGGGAGCCUCAAGGAAUCAAACAUCACAGCUCAGGAAAGACAAAUACCAUGUGAUGAAUAGUGAAAGUUCCUUAUCUUUAUUGCUAAUCUCUGUUGUAAAAUUUGUGUCUCUCACUAUAAUUAUUAAUUUGUGUGAUGGGAGCAUGUAGAAACCUUGGCUGACAUCAGGAACCCGUUAUAGUGGAUGUUGUCCAGAGACAGUCGCUCUUCUGAAUAGCUGCACUGGUUUCAAGCGUUACGUCCUGUGAAAUGUUCUUUGCUGUGGAGGGUGAAGUUAACCUGUUUUACUUUGGUUUCAAACACAGCUACUACCUCUCAGCUGAGAGGGCUGUAACACACAGAAGGAAUUCAGAAUAUGCACUGGAGGCUGGAUGAGAGGGCUCGCCCUCAGCACCCUUCCUGUUGCUUUGCAGUUGUUUGCUUUUAAGAACGCAGAGUAUUUGCACAGUAAAACACAGUGGAUACUUCGGUGUCGUUGCUCCCUGUCGUGGUAAUGUGUUUGCCUUUUAUUUUGUAUUAAAGAACCUUAGAUUUCUCUAGAUACUUGACGCGCUAGUUUCAGGUGCUGCAUUAUCCAUGCGGAUGGAAGAGGGUCUCUGUGAUAUAGGCGGAAUAACUUUUGGAGCUGUUUAAAUGAGAGAAUUUUUUACCUCCAAGUUCAUAGGCAUGAACUUGUGUCAUUUCCAAGUAGAGUUGAGGGUGUUGCAAUAGCGAUGCUUCUGGCCAUGAUGUUUGCGGGGAGAACCAAACCAAGAGCUGUAUUUUAUCUAUUGUCACUCAUCUGUGUGCAGAAGAAAGCUUAUCCGUUUGAAUACGUACUUGCUACAUACAAGUGUGUGCCGUACUGCCCACGUUGGGUAUGUGUUUACAUACCACGAUUUUUGGGUUGCAGAAAUCACAACAAAACUUCUGGAACCUGGUUGAAAGGCUUUGCUAAAGCUGUCGCCUUUUGAAUUAAGCAGGUACCUCUUACUGGAAUUGUAAUUCUACCAGUAAAAAUAGACAGUAUCUUAUAUGUGCCUUUACGUUAAAAACAGUAAAUCAAAAUCCAAUUUAUGUGUAUUUUCCUUUGACUGUGUAUGAGUUUGUCACUUUAAGCUCAGAGAGAAGGUGAUAUUAUCCUCUAGAAGUGUAAUCAUGGCCCUACUUCUGAGCAAAGUAUACCUCAUUGAAAAUCAACUCUUUUCAUGCCAGAAUUACACAUUACAUUGUUCGGAUUGUUUACAUAUAGGCCUGUUUACUAAUACGCUUACACCCUGUUAAAUAAAGCCUUAUUUUUAGAAAAGGUAUCUGGGAAUUUUUGUAUUAAACUCCAGUGUCAAGAGAACUUACCUGCCACUGUGUACAACCUACACCUUUGCAUGUGUAUUCAGAUACAGCCAGUAAUGGUUUACACUACCCUGGAUCAUAUAUUUGCAUUGGCAGGCUGCUCUUUGUCCUAUUGUGGGGUAUUUUUUUUGUCCUUAUUGUCUUGAAUUCCAGCAAAGUUGGAAUCUUUCAGUCUAUCUCAGUCCCUUUUCAAUUAUAAUGUCUCAGAUACCUACAGUAAUGGUUAUCAUGGAGAUUGUAAAUGUGAUAUAUCGUAAAGGUGAUUUCUCGCUUUUCCCCAUAACAUGAAGAAAUGCAAAACAAAUGAUUAGCGGCAGCACUACUUUGUAAAAUUACAGUUAACUGGGUUUGUAGUGAGAAAUGUACUGUAACUAUCUAUUGUAAAUUAGGAACAUAGAGGUAUAUAUAAUAAAUAGGAAAUGUAUUAGAUCCUGUGGUUGUAUGAUUGAGCUUCUGAAACAGUAGCAACUACUAUGCGUUACAGAAGAUUUUCAGAGCAAACCAACUUGAUGUAGCUGUAAAUACUACUAUGGUCAUUAAAGAGCAAAAUCAAGAUUCA